GCAGCCCUGAGGAAGACCCGUUGAGCUGCGUGUGUCGUCGGUCACUUGUGCUCUCGUUCCCGGGCAAGGGGUGUGUCAGAUUAGCUGCUGGGAAUACUUGGAAGCCUCAACGAUGAAUUUGAUGUUAGCAUUAUUCUUUUCUUCAGGAGUAGCUGCCUGUUGUGGUAACUCUGCUAGUAAUCCCCUAUCCAGGUUACUCCUAGUGUCUUUUGAUGGCUUCAGGGCGGAUUACUUGAAAACCUAUAAACUUCCUCAUCUCCAGGAGUUCAUCGAGGAUGGUGUGCUUGUCAGCCACGUUACAAACGCUUUUAUCACAAAGACUUUCCCCAAUCACUACAGCAUAGUGACAGGCCUGUAUGAAGAAAGUCACGGCAUUGUGGCUAAUGACAUGUAUGAUGCGGACGCCCAGAAAACAUUCUCACAGUUCAAUGAUUCAGAUCCCUUCUGGUGGAAUGGGGCCAUCCCAAUUUGGGUAACGAAUCAGCAGGGAAACAGAGCAAGUGCUGCUGCGAUGUGGCCUGGUACUGAUGUGAAAAUUCACAAUACAACCCCUCAGUUCUUUAUGAAGUAUAAUUUCUCAGUAACGUUUGAGGAGAGAGCGGAGAAAAUUGUUACGUGGCUGAACAACUCCAACCCACCAGUCAGUUUUGCUACCUUAUACUGGGAAGAACCAGAUGCAAGUGGGCAUAAAUACGGACCGGAUGAUACUGAGAAYAUGCACAAAGUAUUAGAACAAGUGGAUAAUCAUAUUGGUUUCCUUACUAAAAAGUUGAAAGCAUUAGGUUUGUGGGACACUAUCAACAUUAUAAUAACAAGUGAUCAUGGAAUGGCCCCAUGUUCUGCAAAGAAGCUGAUUAAUCUGGAUAACUGUAUUGGUCGCAAAAACUACACUCUCAUAGACAAGAGUCCAGUUGCUGCAGUGUUGCCAAGACAAAACAAAACUUAUGUAUAUAACUUACUGAAAAACUGCAGUGAGCACAUGAAAGUGUAUCUCAAAGAAGAAAUUCCUGAAAGAUUUCAUUACCGACAUAAUAAGCGAAUUCAACCCAUAAUUCUGGUUGCAGAUGAAGGCUGGACAAUUGUACAAAAUGAGUCACUUCCAAAAUUAGGUGACCAUGGCUACGACAACGCUCUCCUGAGCAUGCAUCCCUUCCUGGCCGCUCGCGGGCCUGCUUUCCGCCACGGUUACAAGCAGCACACGCUGAGCACCGUUGACAUCUACCCCAUGAUGUGUCACAUCCUGGGGCUGCCACCUCAGCCCCACAACGGAACCCUCGGUAAUGUCAAGUGUCUGCUAGCCGACCAGUGGUGCUUAAAUCUUGCCGAGGUCAUCGGGAUAGUUGUUGGGGCCCUUAUAAUGUUGGCUACGUUCACCUGCAUUAUAAUAAUCUCAAAGAAUAGAAUAUCUUCUCCCCGUCCCUUCUCUCGACUUCAGUUACAAGAGGAUGAUGACGAUCCUUUAAUUGGAUAAUGUGGAGGGASCGCGGCCCUGCUUGCUAAACAACAGUCUCUGGGGAUGAGCUUGAACUUGCACUGGACAGCAGUCUCUGAUGCACUUUAAUGGUAUCUGUGUAAAAUACUGUACAGCCAAGAACCCGCUAAGUUUGUGUGUUAUGUGACUAGUAGUCUUGUAAAAAUAUUUUUCAGAAAUAUUCUCUUCAGAAAGACAUUUUGAACAAAUUUUCUGCUGCAAUUGAUACUUAGCAAACUAAGUUUUGUUUUUCACUCAAAACUUUCAGCAGUUCUAAAAUGAAAUUUCAAAUAAGGUAGUGAGAAUAGACUGAUAGUGAGUAUURGCAUUUGUAAAUGAAAUGAGAAUUCUGUCUUUUUUGUAUUAAACUGAAGUCAACUUUUUUAGUGUU